AGAGAGAGUGCGAGUGUGGGUAUGCGUGUUUGUGUAUGAGCGAGUGAGUUAGCGAUUGAGGGAGAGGGAGUGAGAGGGAGAGAGAGAGAGAGAGAGAGAGAGAGAGAAACUGUAACUCAGUACGUCGGUGAAGUUGGAAACGAAUCACAUUCGCCGCAGUUCUUUACCUGGGUGGACGAGGACGAGGAUGUGCGCGUAACUCGUCUUCAGGCAGUUCAAUAAAUAGAUAUUGGUUCAGAUUAUAUUUAGUUGGACUUUUAAAAGUUAAUGAAGGCGCAGAAACAAGAAAGACAAGAAAACGAUCAUUUCAAUCCCAUAGUGAAGGAUACGAUAGUGCAUAAUUUAAUCAAGUAGAUAUUUGGCAAGUGCAUUAACAAAACAAAGAUAAAAUCAAUGAAACAAUGAAUUUGUAAAAGAGAAUUAUGUGUGAUUGUUCUUAGCGAUUGCGACUCGCUCCUUUUCAUUCAUCAAGCAAAUCUUUAGACAACAAUAUCAAGAUGAUUCACCACCGCAAUAUUACCAGUCUAUUACUAAUGUUCUUACUUAUGAAAUCUGUCUUAAGUAUAUCACAUACACCGCAGUAUAAAGGUAGAAAGUUAUUUGGCGGCUAUAGAAUAGCUCCAAAAGUUUGUCGGCCGACAAAUCCAGCCUUCGUUAAAUCAAAUGCACCAGCAAUUUGUAUGUUUAAUUACGAAUGUAGCCGUCGUAAAGGUGAAGUAGUGGGUGCUUGUAUGGAUGGAUUUCUCUUUGGUGCAUGCUGCCAGCUAUCUGUACAGCAAUUUACCGAGAAUUUUGAGAAGAUAUCGAUCUUCGAAGGACCUGUCAUUAACGUUCAAGAAAUAGACCACGUACCUGAUGUUCCUAUACUGCUAAAUCCCGAUGGAACACCUAUUGGCAGCAUUAGUAUUGACUCUACGACAAAUAGUGAUUCCCUGUUUUUGAAAUCAUCUACUAUAAAUACAAAAGAUAGUUAUGAGAAUGCAGAGAAACCACAAAUAGUUGAUAUAAGUCAUCUGGAAGAUGACUUCUCAACGCUUUUAGGACAUAAUCAAGUAUUGAAUGAUCUGCAGCUUCCAUCAUUGAUUACCCAUUCAGACAGUAAUAAUGAUAUUCAAGAGCAGCACAACACAUUGGCUAUUAAUCCUGUUACAACAAUAUUGCGACCCGAUCAGAUUUUUCAAGUCGCCGAUCCCGUUGAUCAACUACCAGCACUUUUUUCUCACGGCUUGCAUCGGAAAAAUGACACAGGAGCGGAUACAAUUUUACUCAAUAAGAAUGGCACGACACUUAAUGAAUCUCAUAAUCCUGAUGAGCACUUUAAGCCUUUUAGUCCACAAAGCGUAAUUGUAACAACGACUCCGUUAAAAUUUGAUACAGAAGCAACGAAUUUACAGGCACAAUCGACGACCAAAAGUAUCGAUACGACCGAACGUAUAACGAGUACGAAAAAAGAUUCUACGACCUUCAAAUUAACUACGCCAUUUAAGGAUAUCGAAGAGAAAAGUUCGAGCGCCUCACAAGUCAUAUCUGCUUACAAUGAAAAAAUAAGCUUCCCUCCUGCUAAAACGGUCACAUUGCCAAUGUCAUUAUAUAAGAAGUCGACGUAUGCAGCAGAUACUAAGUCAUCGUCCUUCGAAACGACGACUCCGAUGAUUUUGACAACGAGAAGCGAAGACAAUUUAGUUCGCGUACCUACGAUCGCUUACGAUGGCCAAUCUGACAAUAAAAAGCAGGACACAUUCGAUAAAGAAGAGAUCGCUAUCAAUCACAUAAUUUCAAUAUUAAACGAUACGAAUGAUGGGAAGCUGACAACUCAAAUGACAAAUGGGCCUACGACAUAUAAAUGGAUAAACACCGAUGGAUUAUCAAAACCAACAGUUGUAAAAAUUAUAACAGCACAUCCGUCAUCGAGUACAAUGAAUUAUUUACCGCAGAGUAGCUUCAUUACAGCAUCAUCGCCCAACUAUUAUCAUUAUAAUUCGGUAGUAACUGAUCCAUCGAGGUUAACCAAUAAUUAUUAUCCGUCAUCGGAUUCGAUGAAUUCUUAUUCUACACAAGCAGCCAAUUAUCAAGACAGUAGUUACUCUUACUCAUCAAGACCAACUACAAAUCCACCAGCUCCUACUGUCAUUGUGCUCGGUCCAUUAGGCACGGAAUAUACGACUAUUCCCACGUCGAGCACUCCAACUCAUUUCAGUGAAAAUAAUCAGAAGCUUACGAGUAGUAGCAAUACGAAAUUACCUACAAACACUGCAAAACCUACACUUAUUACAAAGAAACCUAAUAUCGCUACCACAUUGACACAUAAUAUCAGUACCGUUAUCUCCGGUAAUAAGCAAGUAGUCUCUGUUAGCUAUAUUAGCGUUAAUCUCAAUGAUAAAGCCACUUCCAAGCCUUCAAUCACAAAAGACCCUUUAGCGGAUGUCGAAAACGAAUCGCAUACGAAGCUCGUUACAAAGAAGCCAUCCACUGUAUAUACAACAUUAACAUCCUGGUCAGAUAAGCCCAGCUUCCAUUUGAAGCCAUCGACAAUAAAUUUCCACUGGCCCAAUAAUAAUCACUAUGACAAGACAACGGAUAAAAUGCCGAAACCUGAAGUAUCAACAAGUGGCUCGAACUGCGAGGAGGAAACCACGUCAUCCGAUGACACUAACAACUUCCCUCCAGUUAGGCAUCCGGAGCUCGACUCAACCGUUACGCAUUAUCAGGAUAAACCAACUCUCGUUGAACCCGGUGAGAUCAUAAGCGAGGAUGAAAUACCAACUCCCGGAUUCGUUGAAGACAUCGAACUUAAUAAUAAAGUUGAUGUCUUUGUUAACAAAAUCGUUGAAUCCCUCCAAGGUAAUUUUCAAAAUCUAAAAGAUGUAGUUUAUAAUCCUAUGAACGUCACAAUUGUGACAGCGGACAAUGUUGGUACUAAAAAACCAAUAUCGGUAGCGACUACUAAAAGACCUACCACAAAGCCGACGAUUAAGGGAACGAAAAAACCAAUAGCGACUCGCAUUACCACCACGCAAAGGAUUUCCACAAUAAAAUUCAAACCGACCACGGUUAGUACACGAAAGCCAUCGACAACAAAACGCACCAAGCCAUUGAAGAAAGUUACCACAUCGACAUUAAGCUCGGGAUCAUCGCCAUUUGAUAUACAGACAACAACGCCGUCGAAGCCAACGGAAGCGUCUACGGGUAUUCCUGAAAUUACACCAAAUGCUAAUUUUCGAUCGAUAUGCGGAAUAAGACCACUGAUCAAAAUGGGCAGAAUAGUUGGCGGCAAAGGCGCAACAUUCGGCGAAUGGCCCUGGCAGGUUCUCGUGCGCGAAGCCACCUGGCUCGGUUUAUUCACAAAAAAUAAGUGUGGAGGUGUUCUCAUUACCGAUAAAUACAUCAUAACGGCGGCCCAUUGUCAACCAGGAUUUCUAGCUUCACUGGUCGCUGUAUUCGGGGAGUUCGAUAUAUCUGGCGAGCUUGAAUCGCGUCGCAGUGUGACUAGAAAUAUUCGCCGAGUAAUUGUAAAUAGAGCCUACGAUCCAGCCACUUUUGAAAAUGAUUUGGCCUUGCUCGAGCUGGAAACACCUGUACAAUUUGACGCACACAUCGUGCCAAUUUGCAUGCCCGAUGAUAACACCGAUUACGUCAAUAGAAUGGCUACGGUUACAGGAUGGGGUCGCCUAAAAUACAAUGGUGGUGUGCCAUCGGUGCUGCAAGAGGUGAAGGUGCCAAUAAUGGAGAACUCGGUAUGCCAGGAAAUGUUCCAGACAGCAGGUCACUCGAAACUAAUUAUCGACAGUUUCAUGUGUGCCGGUUAUGCAAAUGGCCAAAAAGAUUCGUGCGAAGGCGAUAGCGGAGGUCCAUUGACUUUGCAACGCUCAGACGGCAGAUGGAUUUUAGUAGGUACGGUUUCCCAUGGUAUAAAGUGUGCAGCCCCAUACUUGCCAGGCGUAUACAUGAGAACUACCUACUUUAAGCCUUGGCUGCACAGUAUUACUGGAGUUUGAAAGAACGAUAUUUCCUUUCUCAAAGAGAUUAUUAGAGUGCAAUUAUGUGCCACUUGUAUAAAUUGUACAAAGAACAGAUUAAUUUAUUUAUUU